AUGGGAGAAGCAGAUGAACCUUGGCGAACAUGGCCGGAAUUCAGGCUGAAGGUUCGUGGCCUUCCUGAAGCCGUUGAUCUAUCUGAGCUAUACGACUCCUUCCAACAGUAUGGAAGUAUCUCUUUGCUAGAGAUCGGAGAGAACCGGAAAGGCCAACGCGAUGGAUACGCCCUGGUUCGUUUUGAGCCUCCGCCCAAAGUCAACUUCUGGUCGUCAGGAUUCCAUAUCGUCCGGUACAAGGGAGGCAAGAGCGCCCGUGUGAUUCUCCAGACUUUCCGACCGCCUCAUGAGACAUACUCCAAUCUGAUAAAGAGUCCCUCAAACCCCAAUAUCUGGUUCGAUUCCAAGAUGACACUUGAGGCGGAACGUAUGGACUUUGGCACGCGCUUACAGGAGAAGGAGAUGAUGGUUCUUAAAUCCGUGCAUAAUGGCGUGCGCAUCGACAUGAGUUUGACCAAGAAGAAGCUUACUCUUCACUUUGAUACUUGUCCUGUGGACUCAUCAGAAGACCAGAACGGUGACGACGACGACGACGAGAUAUUUCACCACAAGUGCGGAAUCGAGUUCGCCCGCCUCACUAGUGUUUAUCGAGUCGACCGAGAUGAAGACAUACUUCUGGUCAUACCGUUAGAGCUUCCACCUAUGUUCUGGACGAAGGCAAGCAGGAAGAUGCGAAGCAAGAUGGCCGCGGGCAAGACUUCAUGGGGCAUUACGGACAUGUGGGAAAGACGCACAGUCAUAUUGCACAAUGAUCAACUGCCGAAAGACUUUCCAAUUACACUUCAGUCAGACUUCGAAGAUCCUGACUUCAUCAAUACUGGUCGCUGGACAACUUAUAGAUUCGCGAUCCCAAAAGCUGGAAACGGCACUCUGGAGAAAUUCCUGCAGGCUUUAGAGGCCCACAACAUCACGGCCAUUACUGUAGAGCACUUCGCGACUACCUCUUCGCGACCUCCUCUGCUCGGUACUGUGUUUAGAGCCCAAGCUACCGACAGUCGAUUGAGAUCUUUUGACCCUGAUUCCGAUAAUCACCACUUGCCCUUCGAGGUCCACUACCAGCUUGAGGUCUGUAUCUCACGGGGUAUUCUAUCAGAGUACUCCAUUAACCAGGCAUUCAUCGACCGACUGCGUCAGAUGGACAAGGACCGGGCAAAGUGGAUGCUCGAGUACUUUGCGGAUCAAGGAAAAAGGGAAUGGAACCCGAUGGAGAUGUUUGGGAGUGAAGAGGCUGCUCUUUACUUUCCCGGCAUGAGUAUGCCCUACUACUGCACCACGAUCCGAAAGGUCAUUGUCACACCAUCGACCAUGCACCUUUGCUCUCCAAGCGUCGAAUCCUCCAACAGAGUAUUGCGAAAGUAUAACUCUUAUCAAGACCGCUUCUUGAGAGUUCAAUUCACGGACGAGCUGUACAGAGGCAAGAUCUACAGCGAUGCAGGCAACGAAAUCCACCACCGCAUUUACCGUGCCCUAAAACAAGGCAUCAAGAUUGGCAACCGCACCUACGAAUUCCUCGCGUUUGGAAACUCGCAAAUUCGAGAGUGCGCUGCCUACUUCUUCUGUCCGACCGAUCAUCUUUCAUGCGAUCAGAUCCGAGACUGGAUGGGGCACUUCAACCAUAUCAAAAAUGUCGCCAAAUACGCUGCUCGUAUCGGCCAGUGCUUCUCUACAACGCGAGAAAUCCGAGGUGUCACCGUUCCACAGAUUGUACAGAUGCAAGAUAUCGAGCGUCAAGGCUAUUGCUUCAGCGAUGGUGUCGGCAAAAUUUCGAAGCUAUUGGCCGAAAUGGUAGUCCAUGAGAUGGGCCAGGAUACGGUUGGAAUACCCUCUGCUUUCCAGUUUCGCAUGGGUGGCUGCAAAGGCAUGCUAGCUGUCUGGCCUGAUGCCAAGGGCCUCAACGUUCAUAUUCGACCUUCACAAGAAAAGUUCAGGGCCCAGUUCAACGGCUUAGAGAUCAUCAAGUUCGCGCAGUUUUCACCAGCCACGCUGAAUCGACAAACCAUAACCAUUCUUACGACGCUCGGUGUCAAGGACAGUCCGAUAUUGGAUCUUGCUGAGCAACAAAUCCAGGGCUACGAGAAGGCUAUGAAAGAUCGAGUUGCCGCUGUAAGCUUACUGGGGCAAUACAUUGACGAGAACAUGACAUCUCUAACAAUCAAAGAUCUCGUCUGCUGGGGCUUCAUGGAUGCAGAGAUUCAAGAGCCGUUCGUGCUGACAAUUCUGGAUCUCUGGCGGAUUUGGUCUAUGAAGCUGCUGAAGGAAAAGGCGCGCGUGGUCGUCGAUCAAAGUGCUUUUCUUCUCGGUUGCCUGGACGAAACAGGCACAAUGAGAGGCCACAGCCAGGCAACUGAGGGGAAGAAUACCAACAACAUCGAGGACUUACCGCAGAUCUUCCUUCGAAUUCCGAAACCACAAGAUGGCGAAUUCUACUGCGUCACCGGCGUGUGCAUCGUGGGACGAAACCCUUCACUUCAUCCAGGUGAUAUUCGGGUUGUGGAAGCGGUUGAUAUCCCUGACCUCCACCACCUCCAGAAUGUUGUGGUGUUUCCAAGCACCGGUGAUCGAGAUGUCCCUAGCAUGUGCUCCGGGGGUGACCUCGACGGAGAUGAUUUCUUCGUCAUCUGGAACCAAGACCUCAUUCCCCAGAACUGGCACCACAAGCCUAUGAACUACAUCGCACCCAAGGCCCCGAAACUGAAGCGAGAUGUCAAGGUAUCAGAUCUGAGAACAUUCUUCGUUCGUUAUAUUCAGAACGACUGCCUGGCCAAGGUUGCAACUGCACAUCUAGCUCACGCCGAUCUCUCUAAACAAGGAGCGAACGACAAGAAAUGCUUGAGGCUGGCAGAGCUGCACUCCAAGGCGGUAGACUACGUCAAAACUGCAGAUCCAGCUGAAUACCCUGACGAGCUCGAUCCCAAACAGUGGCCGCACUUCAUGCGCAAAUUUAAUGCAUACAAAUCCCAGACUGCGCUCGGCAAGAUCUUCGACAGAAUCGUUGAGCAGGAGCUCAACCCUCUCUACGACAAGAAGUUUGACGGAAGGGUAUUGAGAAGGGUUGAACUGCCCGGAGAACUUCUACAAAAGGCUCGCAAGAUCAAAAAUCAAUACGACACAGCUAUGCGUCGUCUCAUGAGUCAUCGCGACGUUCACACCGAAUUCGAAGCAUGGACAGGCUUCAUCCUGUCAAAACCCCGGGUUGGCAGCGACUACAAGCAGCAAGAGGACAUUGGUCGAGAAUCAGCGGCACUCAAGCAAAGAUUCCGAGAGAUUUGCUACACAGAGGCCGGGAGCAGACGGUUCGAAGACUUCGCCCCUUUCGUGGCUGCAAUGUAUCAAGUGACCGAGCAAGAGGUCAAUGCAGCGCUUGCAGACGAGUACGAAGACGAAGAUCACAAGCGACAAUCGAUGCCCCUGAUCAGCUUCCCGUGGAUCUUUCACUGGAUCAUGGGGCGCAUCGCCACAGGCAAGGUCAAGAUCAAGCCUACCGUCGACCCCGAAGCCAAGGCGGUACCCAUGAGGUCGUACCCUAUUCGUCGAUUCGAGCAAGAUGACAAGGAUGCCCAUCAGGAGACUCAUCUCGACGACGGCAGAGUGGUGCACCACGGUGACCUAUUGGAGGUAUUUGAGAGCAUCACGAAGGAGGCUUCCGGAGUCUCACCGUCACCCGAUGAACGCGAUGCUGCUACUGGCCAGGAGGAAGAGAUACACGUUGAAGAGGAAGACACUGCCAUGGACGCCAUGGACCGACUGAUGGAGAGUGCCUUGAUCUAA